GUUGCUCCUGCACUCAUAUGCUUCCAUUCUUGCUAUAAAUACGUGCAUCCAGUCACUGCCCUUGUCCUACCACCAGCACCACCGCAGCGCUAGCCUAGGAGCUUCCCCACUCAGUUUCUCUUCUUCGCCUGUGGCCUGUGAGACCAGAUCAUGGAGAAGGCGAGGCGGCGUCACGUGCCGGCGUUCGGGGAGUGGAACUACUACUCCUCCCCGGAGGAGCCGCAGCUGCCGCCUUCCACCGGCGCAGUGCCCGACUGGUGGUACGCGCCGGAGCCAGAGGCAUGCAGCGACGUCUGGUUCAGGUACUCGCCGCCGCCGCGCAAGCCAGCGCCAAAGAAGGUCAGUAGGCCGGAAGUCGCGCCGGAGAAGCUUUACUACAACGGCGGGAAGGAGAGCGUGCCGGUCGAGCGAGUGCGGACGGCCGACUCAGGUCGGGCGCAGCGCGCACCGGCGAAGGGCACCCGCAGGAUUGUGAGGCCCGUGGAUGAGGACCUGUACCAGGUGCCCCCAACGGAGUUUGUCUCACAACGGCCAAGACGGAAGAGAGAGGGGAGGAGCCUGUGGAUGGGUUGCUUGGGCAUCAACUGCGUCUCCUGAAGCAACAACAUCAAGCUGGCCUAUGGAAUCUGGAUUAGUAGUAUUUGUGCUAGUUUUUCUUGUUUGUCUCUCUCUUGAUAGGUUUGCAUAGUCUAUUCCAUGUACCAUCCAAGUACCACUAGAAGUAAUGUAUUUUCUACGCCUUUUUAACAGUGUGUAAGGAUAAAG